AUGAUUAGGGUGAGGAUGAGGCCAAAUGAGGUGAGCUUGACAGGGGUCCUAUCUGCUUGUGCACAAGCUGGGGCGUCUGAGUUCGGGAAGAUCUUACAUGGGUGUAUAGAGAAAGUUGGGUUGAAUUGGAUUAGUUCUGUGAAUAAUGCACUCAUGGAUACAUACUCAAAAUGUGGAAAUGUGGCCAUGGCUCGUUUGGUUUUUGAAAGAAUGCCAGGGAAGAAGAGCAUUGUUUCCUGGACUUCUUUGAUUUCAGGGCUUGCAAUGCAAGGAUAUGGUGAAGAGGCAAUAACACUUUUUCACGAGAUGGAAGGUUCUGGAAUUAGACCUGAUGGGAUCACUUUUAUUUCAAUCCUGUAUGCUUGUAGUCAUGCUGGUUUGAUUCAACAAGGUUGUGAAUUUUUUUCUAUGAUGACUAUAAGACAUGGCAUAGAACCAGCAAUUGAGCAUUAUGGUUGUAUGGUUGAUUUAUAUGGUCGAGCUGGUCAAUUGCAGAAGGCUUACGAUUUUGUAAUUCAAAUGUCAAUUCCUCCCAAUGCAGCUUUUUUGGUAAUGUUGAGUUGGGGGAGCAAGUGA